CCCAGAUAAUCAUUCCCAAACAAAUACUGAUGAAACGGAUUCAGACUCUUCUGAGAUCUACGUCGGUGAUGAUGGUUGGCAAGAACCUUUGGCAGAUUCUGGACCUGAAACAAGAGACGCUGGAAAAAAAUCAGUUGAGUGUGGUCAUGGAUUUCAUUACAAGCAGUCUCUUGAGACACACGUGAUGUGUCAUUUAUGGAAAACGUCCUCCAGUUGUUUAGUUAAUCAGCAAUGUUAUACAGUGCAGCCAGAGCUAGAUUCACAGACGAGAGUCCACACUGAAGAGAAAGCAUUCAGCUGUGAUGACUGUGGGAAAAGAUUUACAGAACAGAAAAGUCUGAAGAGACAUAUGAGGAUCCACACAGGAGAGAAAACGUUUGACUGUGAUUACUGUGGGAAAAGAUUCACAGAACCAGGAAAGUUAAAGAGACACACGAGAGUCCACACAGGAGAGAAACCAUUUGGCUGUAAUGACUGUGGGAAAAGAUUCACAGAACCAGCAAAGUUGAAGAGACACAUGAGAGUCCACACAGGAGAGAAACCAUACGGUUGUGAUGUGUGCGGGAAGAAAUUUAACCGGCAAUCACAUCUAAAGAUACAUAUAAGAGUCCAUACAGGAGAGAAACCGUUUGGCUGUGAUGCAUGUGGGAAAAGAUUUACAGAUCAGGGAAGUCUGAAGACACACUUGAAAAUCCACACAGGAGAGAAACCAUUUAGCUGUGAUGACUGUGGGAAAAGAUUUUCAGGUCAGGGAAAUCUGAAGAAACACAGGAGAGUCCACACAGGAGAGAAAGCUUUUGGUUGUGAUCUUUGUGGGAACAGAUUUACAAAACUGGGAAGUUUGAAGACGCAUAUGAGGAUCCACACAGGAGAGAAACCAUUUGGUUGUGAUGACUGUGGGAAAAGGUUUUCAGAUCAGGGAAGUCUGAAGAAACACUUGAGA